UUAGUGUUAGAAUCGUUGCAUUCGAUAUGAAUUGGAAACACAUGUAGGGAAGUCUUAUGAUGUGGUGUGGAGGACUGUCGCUGUGUACCACUGGUACAAAGCUCUCCAGGGAUGAGCUGGAGGCAGUUCUUAACUUACUUCACAGCUCCUGUGGCGGUAAGUACCCUGUGGAAGAAGAAGAGAAUCCCUGGGACGGCGUCUGGCCGGUUUUGCCGGAAUACUACUGUAAGUACCCACACCUCGUCUAGAGUUGGGGUUUCGAGCAGUGCUGCCAGAGGAGGAGGAGCAAGAAGAAGAUGCAGAGAAAGGGCAGCGGCCAGCGGCGGUCGCCGCCUGUCUGUGGAAGGGAGGACCAGCGCAGCUGGGGGAGCAGCACGCCAGCUGCUGCGCUCUCUCCUCCUCCACUCUCUCACGAUGCGGCAGCCAGUUGGUGGAUCUAGUGACGUCAGUGGUCCUCAGUUGAGAAAGAUUUCACUGAUGCCCAGGUGAAGAAAGCGAGGGUCGAUGGUGAGGUGAAAAUGAAGUCCAAUACCAUACCAACAAUUUUCUUCAAGUAGCUACAAAAGCUUUCAGAAAGAAACAUUAACAAUGCCAUGAGAAUCCCAAAGCAGAAAAUGAGUAACACCUCAGCAGAAGCAGCUGCAGAAAACGCAGUACGAAGAAGGCAGAGAUUCUGUCUGAAAAUAUGUUUUGUAUUUGGCCAGGUUAUGGUCAGUAAAACAUUUGCUAUUCACGCACUGGCUAAAAAUGUUUAUCAUUAAUGUGAAUUAGAGAUGUAUUAUGUUACACAAUUUUCUUCUGUGCUUGUAGUUUUAUACUUUCUAGACUUAAGAAAUGUAUCAAGAUACACAGCAAAAAAAUUUUAUGUUUGGGACUGAGUUUAGCAAUGUCUAAUCUGUGUUGAGUUUUAAAGGUUAUCCUUAAUUGUUAUCUAGAAGUUCAUGUUUUUCCAUUCCUCUAUGUAGCUUUGCUCAUUGUGACCAAUGUUUAUACUACCAAAGGUACAAAUAUUGUGUGUGUCUCGCGAUUUAGCAGUAAUUAAAAUGUGGCUGUCUUCUGUGAACACACGUGUAUUAUGUGGUACAUUCUUCACUAUCGUUAAUGUAAACAUGUAAUAGUAUUAACUGCGGUGUUAACAUUUUCUUCAUCCGUGGGAGGCUUCUCUACUAGCUUAAUGUUUCUCAGUGCUUUCUAUUCAGUUUUUUGGCCAAGAUAGAAACAUUUAUUUUUACUAUCUCCAUCGUUCAAUGCACAUCAAGGUUCUUUAACAAAAAUCCGUGGUAUAUAUCAAUUGUCGCCUACUGCUAGGUGGUAUCACAGGAACAGUUUCUAGCAUGUAGUCAUAUAGCGUAAAGUGGCCUGUGUUAGUAGAAUUUGUAGCUUUGAGAAACUGUGUAAGACGUAAAUUUCAGCACUCAUAAAAUAUUUCUUUACAUAAUACGCUUAGUUUUGACGACAACAAGUAAAUUUCAGCCCCCAUAAAACAUUUCUUUAGAUAAUACGUUACUUUUGAGGAUUAAGUGUUAUACCACCUUUUUCCCUGAUAUUUUUUCAGCAGUCUUUGGUUUCAUGUGACGAGUAUGCUUUUGGGUAUUAUAAUACACUGUUAACUGACACAUAUGUAUAAUGACUGCUACUGUCUGUUUAUGCAUCCAGCUAGUCUGUGUGAGCUUUUUAUUUUUGCUCUUUAAUUUAAACCUUAAUUGUACAGGUAGUGAUGUGUAUUGUUAACUAAUAACAAAUGGAAGUAUCACAUUCUGCUUCACUUACUGCUUUUGUUUCCAGCAUUUUACUGGUAGGUACUUUGCUAUAUAAAAUAAGAUGUCUUGGUCAUUCUGAAUGUUCUUAAUAGGCAUGAGAUAACUAGAUAAUUAGGAGUUGUCUAGUCGCACCACACCUAGAAAAUAUAACACACUUUUUCA